AUGGAUUCAGAAACGAAGUAUAUACGAUAUUAUUCUGGAAGAAGACGUGUACCUUCAUCUCAUUAUCGUGAAGUUAUUCUAAAUGUUGUUUUAGAUUAUUGUAAGAGAGAAAAAGUUAAAAAAAUUGUGGCAGGAAAGUAUGAGAAUGAUAUUAUAAAAUCACUAUCUUCUUUUUUAUCAUAUAUUAUUUUAAUAGCUACCUCAACUACAAUUCUUGAGGCUCAGGCAAAUUGUUUAGCUAUAAAAGAAAUAGAAUCAAAUUCUUAUAAUGAAAUACCUAAAGAAAUUGAUCAUGAAUUAAUUCAAUUUGUUGGUGAAUUUAUGAAUAAAGAAAACAUUUUAAAAAUAUGUAAAAUUGUAAAUAAAGAAUUAGAUGUUAUUAUAAGUGAAUCUACUGCAGUUAAAGUUUGUUCUUUAAAAGAUUUUAGUGAUUUUUUAAAUACUUGUAUUAAACAUAUUCUUAGACCAAAUUUCUAUGAUGAAUUACAGAUAUUGUUAAAAGGAAUUAAAAAAGAAAGUGGAUAUUUGGAUUAUAAUUUUAGAGAUUUGAAAAAAUUUAAUAUUCGAAAAUUUGGUGAAUGGUGUAAUAUGGGUAUCAUGAAAUCAUGUGUUCAAGAUUUAUUACCAAUAAUAAUUUCUAUUUGUUUUGACAAUGAUAAAGUAAUCAAUCCAAUGCUUGAUCAAAAAAUAUUACAUUGUAUAGAAGAGUUACAUCACAUUCAUGAAAAGAAAGAUUAUCCUAAAAAACUACAUGUAGCAUUCAGUCCUAUUUAUGAAUAUUCUUUAAUCGCACUUGAAAAUUAUCCAUUUAAAUAA